GACCGAUGAUGAACAAGCUCCGAUCUCUGCCAGAAAACACGGAGAGAACAAGCCGACAUGAAGAGCCGCGGCUCGGUACCGAGAGAGCCGCAGAGCAGAGUCCGGGUCCGCUCAGGUUCUGGUCGGCGGGUCCUUCACUUGUUUUAGCCGAAAGAAGCAGCAGAAACACGGGAGAGAGUCCGGGGAGAGGCCGUGGGUGAGUGAGUGAGUGUGGCGGACAUGGAAGUGUGUCAUAUCGGGCUGAACUGAAAUCAGAUUCAACGUGGGCUACACAACAUCCGGUUCGAUUCUUUCAAAAUAAAAGCCCAGGUUUGGUUCUUCUCGAAGACGACCUGAGAUACAGAGCCUGUGAAACUAAAGAAGUUCAUCAUCCUGAAGAUUAUUAACUGUAAAUUUAUAAACUCACUGAAAUUCAAAUAAUCAAACAUCUUUCCCACUUUUAAUUUGAAAUUGAGUGUUUUUGGUGGAUAUAAAUCCAUAGAGGUUAUUUUAUCUUCCCAGGAUGAUAAAUGUAUUUAUUUACAGGGAUAUACCGGCGUAAAAUUAAUUAUUGGUCAAACCCACCUUAACACCAGUUAGACCCCCCCUCCAGAGAUGAAUGUUGUCGACCGCUUGCUUCUCUAGUUAUACCAACUUUAGUAACGACCGCAGGAUAGAAAUACAGAGAGACACGCCCUCAACCAAAACGCCACUCUAUAGCCACAAAUAAUGCUCAGAACAGCACCUAACUUCAUCAACAGGACAUAUAGGGUCACAGUACUAGACACCAAACAUCUUUUUAAAUUUGACUCAUUUCUUUAGCAAAGAGACUAAACACAACUCACCUACUCUCUUCCAGCAGACGCUUGUUUGUAGUCAGACCUCAGGCCAGUCCAUUACAGACUACAGCGGGGUGCCGCAGCUCAAGGAAGAACAUUUAUGAUCAUUUCAGGUGCUGUUCUGAGCAUUAUUUGUGGCUAUAGAGACAACAUUCAUCUCUGGAGGGGAGGGUCUAACUCGGUGUUAUGGUGUGUUUGACCCUAAAUCAAUUUUACGCAGGAAUAUCCCUUUAAGCUGUCUUCUGCAGAUGUUGAGCCAAGGUCAUUGAUCAGAAUUUAUACUCUCAGGGUCACAUAACAAACACAGAUUAAGUCCUAACACGGCUGAUCCUGUUAUUAUAAGAAAACCAGCUUGUUACCCUCAAAUACAAAAGAAGAAUUCCUGAGUAUCUCAUCAGGAAACAAAGUCAAGUAACUGCAUGUCUGUUCAGGGCCUCCAUAUCCAGCUGUAAACAACAUAACCGAGAUCCCAAGAAGAUGGUCAGUGUCAGUGGGGUAUUUUAUUCUUUUAAUAUCUUAUUAAUCACACUUAUAUUUUAAGGACAAUUUCAGCCUAAAGUUAAGACUCAGUACACCCUCACAUUUGCAUUAUAUUAGGAUGACAGUCUCAGAUUUGUUAUGUUGUAUGUUCAGUACAGAGUAAUAUUAGUGCACUGGAACGUGAUACAGAGGGACUUUAUUUUGAAAGACAAGCUUACUUCCUGUGUUCUCGGCCCCUCUUGGUUUACCUUGACGCACGGAUUCCUGACGCACAACAGGAAGUUGAUCCAGCCGCAUCAGAAGGAACCGCACUCGAGCAAGACAAGCAGGCGUCACGGCCAACAUGGAGAUGAUAUCUGCGUGUUUAUUUCUCCCGUGUCUCAUUAUUUAACUCCUGAACUUAGAGGAUCAGAUCAGGAUGAAGGUUCGAGAGAACAGGAGCUGCUGAAGUAGUCAGGAUACCUCUGUGUGUUUCUGCUGUUAUAGAGAAGAGUCUGCAGGACUGAGUGUGUCUGAUCCCACAGUUAGUCACAGUUACACUCCCCUGAGGCCCACUCAUUAAAAAACCUCAACAUCAGCACCUAUACCUGUGACAGAAGAGGACUGAUCUCUGAUGUUUGGACCUUAUUUAGAGAGAAAGAAUCAUUACAUUAGUCAAAGUCUAAUUAUUAUCAAAACAACAAACUCCUGAACCCAGAGAAAAACUUUUAGGGAGUUUUGGUUAUUUAUUCAUGAAGCUCUUAUUCACUUUUAAACUUUUUUUCUGCUUUGUCCUGAAUUUAUGUGUUUGUGUUCAUAUGAUUUAUGUUUGAUCACAUGAAAAUAAAACUAAAUAUUAUCUUAAAAUAAUCAAAUAUGAUGCAAAUUUACAACGUGUUCACACACUGGUCACGGUUGGUUAUUGGUGAAAAUAUGAAUUUAAGAGAAUCAUUAAUAUUACAGCCAAUCAGCACGGAGCGUCUCUGAAAUCAAGUUUAACCACGUUUGAUGACACAGACUGAAGAGACAUGUAGGAACGUCUCCUCUCUGCAUAAACGGAUGUGUUUGGACUCUCCUGUGGACUCGCUCUGAUGUUCUGAUGGAACAUUUUAUUAACACGACUCAGGAGGGUGAACACAAAACCUGACAGCAGAUGAAGAGAGUGUCUGCAGUCAGAGUCUGGGACCAGCAGGACCUUCUGCCUCCUCAGUGUCCUCCUCCUCAGUGAAGGUGGAGUUCUUGUAGCUGCACCGUCACCCUCUCCGACCGUCUGAACACGGCCGUCCUCCUCAGAGACCCUCGACCUUCUCUGAGCAAAAUGAGAAAAAAGGAGAUUUCAGGAAUCAGACUGUCAUGUUGUUCAACACUGACUGAAACUGGAACUGUGUGUGUGUGUGUGUGUGUGUGUGUGUGUGUGUGUGUGUGUGUGUGUGUGUGUGUGUGUGUGUGCAGGAACCUCUCAGAUGUAGGUCCAGAGAGUAGGCCGAGGGUUUUUCGUCUUAUUUGGCCAUGAGCUGCUCUGAAUCAGCGUUACAAUGAAGUGUACGCUCAAGAAUGUGUGGCAGAAAUCCCACAGGAGAUCCACAGGAGGGGGGAGGUUACAUGUUUGUGUGUGUGUGUAAGUGUGUGUAAGAGUGUUUGGACGAGACAGACGAUGGUGUAACACACACACACACACAGGGUGAGGCAGGGAUCUGCAGAAGAAAGAGAGCGUGUGUGUGUAUUUACUUUGUAUGGGGGGGGGGUGUUGUAAUGGACGUUGUGAAAGGAACAGCUAUGCAGAUUAUGAAGCACUUAGAGCUCAGAUGAAUGUGAACCCAUUUCUGCUGCUUUGUAGGGACCGGAGUGUGUUUGUGUUUUUGUGAAUCUAUCUUUGUAGGGACCAGAGUGUGUCAAUGUUUUUGUAAAUCUAUCUUUGUAGGGACCAGUGUGUGUUUGUGUGUUAAUCUAUCUUUGUAGGGACCAGAGUGUGUUAAUGUUUUUGUAAAUCUAUCUUUGUGUGUGAUUGUGUUCUAGUAAAUCUAUCUUUGUAGGGACCAGAGUGUGUUUGUAUUUUUGUAAAUUUAUCUUUGUAGGGACUAGAGUGUGUUUGUGUUCUUGUAAAUCUAUCUUUGUGGGGUCCAGGAUGAGCUUCAUACUGUAUGUAUUGGGAUGUUCUUGCACAAAUAGGGGAGACCGGGGCUUGUUGUCACAUUUUUUACACUCUCAUAUAUUUCUUGUUAUUAAUCCAUCAUAUAUAAAUAAAAUGUGAACCAGACUAAAGACCAAA